UUCAAUAAAUUCCAUUCCUAUUUGUCUUUCUUUUUUCGCUGUGAGAGCGGUGUGGUGUGCCGAGAGCUGUCUGCCAAAAAACUUAAUUUUGUAUUAUUAAAAUCAUAAGAUUUUAACAACACAGAACAGACAUCGUUUCAGCCACUGACCAUGUCGGAACCUGGGAGAGGUCGUUCCCGUGGGCGUGCAGGAAGAGGUGGCGACAAUGCUGGGCCGCCUCCCCGUAAACCCGGCGAACAACAGCAACAGAGGCCCCCACAGCAACAGGGGCCACCAGGCCCCCGGCCACAACCACCAUCCACUUGGGGUGCUCCCGCAAUGGGGCCGCCUGUGCGAGCUGGUGUGCCUGUGGCCGCCUCGCCAGCAGGCCGCGCCUCUCACCGACCAACACCAACAACACAUCAGGAACACCCUGGAGAUGUAGACGUACAGGAAAGAAUGCGGAGCAUGCAAAUCAGUACUCCGCAAGUCGGUGUUGGUGAAAGUGCCUCUGUGAUUGGCCGUGGAUCUCGGCGUGGCGGGGGCAGGAUUUUACCUGAACAAAUAACGAUUUUGCGCACUCGCCCAACAACAAUUCAGUCGAAGAAGGGAACCUCGGGAACGGUAAUCGAUUUGAAGGCCAACUAUUUUACUGUUAACACCACACCCCAAUGGCGCCUUUACCAGUACCAUGUCGAUUUUUCACCGGAGGAAGACAAUACCGCGGUUCGCAAAGGCUUACUGCGAGUCCACGCCAACACUCUCGGAGGGUACCUGUUUGAUGGAGCAGUAUUGUAUACUGUUAAGCGCUUACACCCUGACCCAUUAGAGUUGUACUCUGAUAGGAAAACUGAUGGUGAAAGGAUGCGAAUUUUGAUAAAGUUGACAUGUGAUGUAAGCCCAGGGGACUAUCACUACAUUCAAAUAUUUAAUAUAAUUAUAAGGAAAUGUUUCCAAUUGUUAAAUCUGCAACUUAUGGGCAGAGAUUACUUUGAUCCUGUUGCUAAGAUUGAUGUCCCUGAGUACAGAUUACAAAUAUGGCCAGGAUACAAAACCACAAUCAAUCAGUAUGAAGAUAGAUUACUGAUGGUAACAGAGAUUACCCACAAGGUUCUACGUCUUGAUAAUGUGUUGCAAAUGCUCAGUGAAUAUGCUGCAACAAAAGGCAGCAAUUAUAAAAAAAUCUUUUUGGAAGAUAUUGUUGGUAAAAUCGUCAUGACUGACUAUAAUAAAAAAACUUAUAGGGUGGAUGAUGUAUCAUGGCAAGCAUCGCCAAAAUCAACUUUCAAGAUGCGUGAUGAAAAUAUUACAUACAUGGACUACUAUCAGAAAAAAUACAACAUCCGCAUCCACGACGGCGGGCAGCCGCUGCUGAUCUCGCGCUCGAAGCCGCGCGACAUCCGCGCCGGCAUGCCGGAGCUGGUGUUCCUGGUGCCGGAGCUGUGCCGGCAGACGGGGCUGACGGACGACAUGCGCGCCAACUUCAAGCUCAUGCGCGCGCUCGACAACCACACCAAGAUCGGCCCUGAUGUACGCAUUCAGAAACUGUUGAAGUUCAACCAACGAUUGACCAGUUGUCGUGAAGUGGUUAAGGAAAUGGGUGAUUGGUCUCUUACUCUUUCCCAUGAACUUGUCAGUUUUAAAGGACGGCAACUUCCCCCUGAAAAUAUAGUCCAGGGAAAUAAUGCCAAGUACCCAGCUGGCGACACAACAGAAGGAUGGACAAGAGAUAUGCGAUCGAAACCUCUAUUAGAUAUCUCACAAUUGCCAUCAUGGGUGGUCAUUACUCCAGAAAGACAACGAAGAGAUGCUGAAGGAUUCAUAGAUUUAAUUAUGAAAACUGCUGGGGGUGUGGGUUUCCGAAUGCCCAAACCUGAAAUAAUACCCAUCAGGAAUGAUGGACCUAUGGAAUAUGCAAAUGCUUGUGAGAACGCAAUUGCCCGCAAGAAUCCUGCUAUGAUCCUUUGUGUGUUGGCACGCAAGUUUGCAGACAGAUAUGAAGCGAUCAAAAAGAAAUGCACUGUAGAUCGUGCUGUGCCUACUCAAGUAGUUUGUGCUCGAAAUAUGACCAGCAAUUCUGCAAUGUCUAUUGCAACUAAAGUUGCGAUUCAGAUUAAUUGUAAGCUUGGUGGUGCUCCGUGGCGAGUGGACAUACCUCUACAGAGCAUCAUGGUCAUCGGCUACGAUGUCUGCCAUGACACUCGCUCUAAAGAAAAGAGUUUCGGUGGAUUUGUUGCAACACUUGACCGGCAUUUGACGCGCUACUUCUCAGCAGUGAACUCGCACACCUCGGGUGAGGAGCUCAGUGCCCACAUGGGCUUUAAUGUGGCCGCAUCUCUACGCAGAUACCGAGAAAUAAACGGUGCACUGCCACAGAGGAUAUUUAUUUACCGGGAUGGUGUUGGAGAUGGCCAAAUACCAUAUGUGCAUAGUCAUGAGGUGGCAGAAAUAAAAAAGAAAUUAAGUGAGAUAUAUGCAGAAAUGGAAUACAAGAUGGCGUAUAUAAUCGUUUCCAAGCGUAUCAACACGCGUAUAUUUUUGGACCGCGGCCGCAAUGGUGAAAACCCGCGCCCCGGUACAGUAAUUGAUGACGUAGUGACGCAGCCAGAGAGAUACGACUUUUACUUGGUGUCACAAAACGUUAGAGAAGGCACAAUAUCUCCUACCUCCUACAACAUAAUUGAGGAUACGACCGGACUGCACCCUGAUAGGAUGCAAUGGUUGACUUACAAGCUGACUCACUUAUAUUUCAACUGUUCUUCUCAAGUGCGAGUCCCGUCUGUGUGCCAGUACGCCCACAAACUGGCGUUCUUGGCUGCAAACAGCCUUCAUAGCCAGCCACAUUACACUCUCAGUGACACGUUAUAUUUCCUGUAAAAACGAUAACAUUAAGGCGGGGGUCUAGACAUGUAUCAUUUGCCCGAUCCGAUCAUCGUAUAAGUUGUGGACGCCUCCGAUUUGCUCCGUAUAAUGGACAAAAACCGAAACUACAUGGGACAUAGGACGGGCCGUAUCGAGAUCGCGUAUCAUUACCCAUCCACAUAUGCGAUCAUGAGACGCGUCGACGAUACGGAUACGAUGAUCGGAUGGGGCAAAUGAUACAUGUCUGGACCGGCCUUUAUGUGUACAUGUUAAUGUGGAUAUUCGAGGAAUGCCCUCAUCUAUUGUGAUUAAAGAAAACCUGACUGUUAAGAUAUUAUGACAAUAGUUCGUUUUUUGGUCCUCUGGACAAUAAAAAUUAUAUUUUCUUACCAAACUGGGUAAGCCUAGUUAGGUUUUAUAAAAGUAUUCGUAAGUUUUUGAACGACAUUACUCAAAAAAAGUAUAAUUACAAGAACUCGAAUUUUAGGUUUAAUUGGGACUUGUGUUUACGCAGUCCAUUCUGAUUUUUAUUACCUCAUUUCUUAUUUUUGUAUGUUCUUAAGAGUAGUUGUUGCAGAGGCAGCUCGUAACCUGCAACAAAACUUGUUAUGUUGAUUAUAUUUUACUUAAACCACGCUACAGUCCUCUACCACCGAGCAAAAAGCGCUUAUAAUGUGAUGAAAGUUGUGAAAUUUUAUUUUGUGUUGAUUUUUGCAAUUUAAGUGUGUAAUAAAGUUGAAAUGUCAAUGUGUGUACGAAGUGCUUUCAUCACUCAUUGUAAAACUGCCAUAAAACGUAUGCCUCAGGCAUAGCAUUUCUUUACUUUUAAGUUCUUUAGAUUAUAAGUGAGAUUUAAUAUGUAAGGAUUUUUCAAUAGUUGAAUAAAUUUUAUCUGCCUUCUAAAGGACCAUGAGUCAAAUUGGGCUCAUUGUCCAACAGAGUUAUAGCAUAUGCCGUUGUGAAGGUUUUUGUUUGUACUAAAAUUGUUACUAUGGGGACUACCUUCAAUUCCAUGGCAAAAAAAAGAUAUGCACCUAAAUAGGUUUACAUAUUACGUAGGUAUACAUUCUGGUUAACAGAAACGAAAUGGGUCGAGAUGCCAUCGCUCAGUAUUACUGCUCGUGUCUAACAGGUAGACGCUGAGCAGGAAGUUGUGCUCAUAUCAUUUCAAUAAUAUGGUAUCUAGGGUGAGGCAGGCACUCACAAUUUAAUCCACCGGCAGGAUAUUUAGACGACAUUAUUAUUGAUAUUGAUUGAAAUGUUAACAAAAAUAAUUUUAACUGUUAGCAGCUGUUUUAUUUUUUAUGUAUACAUUAAACCUGGAAUUAAAACUAGUUAAAGGUGUUCAAUAACAAAACCUACACUGCCAUAACAGCACUACUUUUUGCAGAAUAUUAGUUUAUUUAUGGUCGGAGAAAAAUUUUCAUAGAAAAAUAACCCCAUGGAUUCUUCGCAAAAAUGAGUUUAAAUCUUUAUAUUUAGUGCUUUACAAGUAUAUUCAAAGUGGUCUCAUCUCUGUUGGUGGGUGAGCCCAGGCUUCAUACAUUUUUGCCCAUGGUCCUUUGUCAAUAAGGAAAUCUGACAACCUAAAACUAAAAAUUAUAUAGAUAAGAUUUACUCGACUUUUGAACAAUCGGCCCCCAAAGAAGUACACUUCACUUCAUGCUGAUGUUCUUCCAAACAUUCCAAGCGAUUGGUUAGUGUGUAGACCGCAUUGUCUAAUUCGCUUCUUUCAUUAUUUUCAUAUGUUUCUUUUUAUUAAUUACAAAUGUUGUUUUAAGUACAAGUGAUAUAUUGCAGAUAAAAGAACUUAACUCAUUAAAUACAUCUUGGACCAUGAUUGCGGAGACUCAGUAUCAACUCGAUUUAAAUUUACAUUUCUUGGAAAAGACAUGUUACCACUGUCUAGAUAGUUCUGUAUCAAAUACCCAAACCGUAUUCUAUAAAGGUGUUCUUAGAUCAAGAACCAGUGACCGCCUGACCCACGUUAUUUUAUAAAGGCUGAAACUUCGUGUGCGCAUCUAUCUUACAGUGGGUAUGAACGAAAGACUACUACGAAGUUUGACGCGGUGGCUUUUAGAUGCAAACACAAAGUUUCAGCCUUUAUAAAAUAACGUAGGUCUGGCAUUUGCUGGCUCUCUGGCUAUCUGUAAACUACGCCAUUUUUAAAUAUAAAAUUUUUCAUUUGUCGCAGUUGACGUUGUUUCAUCAGCAACAUGUUUUCACGUAUACUGGUUAUCUCAUUCAAUCUCGAAAUUUGGUGCAUUUUGUAAACAUUUCCUAUUAGACAUAGGCUUAUAUAGUAAGUUUUUUUUUACUUUUUGUACUUAACAAUAAUACACUUCUUUGAUUGAAA